UUCCUGGCUCUGUCUGACACCUCUGACUCCAUCGUGAAUAUCUUGGUUCAAGUUUACCGCAUCCUGUCGCGAAACAGCGAAAGGUUCUAUCAUGCCUGCUGCGAGUUUUACAGUAACGGAACAUCGUUCUCCUUGCACAUUAGUUCGCCAGUUCCCCCAUGGCACAAAAAGCGACAACUCUGAGUUAUAUCUCGCCGUUAAGGAGUAUAGACCUAAAGCUAUCGAGCCGAGAGACAAUUCGGUGACCAUCAUUGCUGCUCAUGCAAACGGCUUUCCAAAGGAAUGCUAUGAGCCAUUGUGGGAAGAUCUUUGGAGCGGGCCUGAUGCUCGCAAUAUCCGGGCUGUAUGGAUAGCAGACGUUGCUCACCAGGGUGCAAGCUAUGCUCUUAACUCGGAGGAGCUAGGAGACGAUCCAAACUGGCUGGAUCAUUCACGAGAUCUGUUCCUCCUCGUGAAUCAGUUCCGACAUCGAAUGAGCCCACCCUUUGUUGGGCUGGGGCACAGCAUGGGCGCAUUGCAGAUCAUCAAUCUUGCUCUAAUGCACCCGCGGCUGUUGCAUUCGUUGAUUAUUAUGGAACCUGUUAUCCAAGAUUUUCCACCUCCAGGUCCGAACGCAGCCAUGUUCUCGUCAUCUCGUCGCGAAACAUGGGACUCACGUGCCCAUGCAGAAAAGCAGAUUAGCAGAAAUGCGUUCUUCCAGGCCAUGGACUCCCGUGUACUUCAAAAUUAUCUGAAGUAUGGUUUACGAGAUUCAGACGAAGGAAAGGUCAUACUUGCCACGCCAAAGGCACAAGAAGCAUGGUCAUAUAUUAGACCUAAUUUCGCGCCGCUCCCAGAAGACCCUUCGAACAGAACAUCGAGGCUUAAAGAAAGAAUGAUGAACCCCGAAUACAUACCGUCUUCGGGUCACGCAAAUGCGAUGUGGACUAGGCCUGAAGGUGUAUUAACAAUGCAGUCCUUACCAACCCUGCGCCCGCGAACAAUAUUUAUCUAUGGUGAAUAUUCGCACAUCAACUUCGACGAGGUGCGCAAUCUUCACGUGAAAUUUACAGGGACCGGGAUAGGCGGCAACGGUGGAGUCGAGGAUGGUGGCGUUGAAGAGCAAGAACUGGAGGAUGCUGGCCACCUUUGCUGCUUUGAGAAGCCUGCCGUCGUUGCAGUCACAAUUCAUGAUUUCCUUCGCAGAGAAUUACUUAGGUGGGAACAUGAGCAGAGCUUCUGGGAGACUUUUGUUACUGGAAAGAGCAAGAACAAUAGAAAAGAACUGUCGGAUAAUUGGAUCAGUGGGGUGAAAGAGGACGCUGACACGCAGCGUCUUGCCCAUACUAAAGCUGGGCCAAAAUUAUAGUUUAUUCAGCAAGUAAUCGGAACUCCCACAUGUGGUUUUCUGACGAUAGACCUCGGAACGGAUACAAACCCUCAUUUUGGGCAGUCUACAAUUGCUGUAUAUCCCAUAUCAAGUGCGCACAAAUGACGUAUUUUGACCGCCUCCCUAGAGCCAUUCGGAAAGCCGUUAAACGUGUG